CAAGCACUUGGGGCUUCUUCCUGAAUGCUUGUGCCCCUCUCACAACCCUCCUUCGCCUACCCCCCAGUGUCAAGGGCAGUCUCCUCCUUGGUGGCAGCUGCUGAGAAAUCUGAGUGGCAGCUUGAAGGGUGUGUCCCAGAAUGCUGGUGCAGCAGCUCCAGAUGCGUAACCUGGUGGAAGGGGCUAUGCCUUGGGGGGUGGGGUGGGAGGAGGGGGGUCUCCCAGGGGCAGGAUGGCAUCAGGAGAUGUGUUCUGGUCGGACUCCACGGCAGGCCAUCAGCUUCCUCAUGACAGCGCCUCUCCCCUCGCAGGCCUUGGGCCUCUUCCAGAAGAAACAUCUUGUCUGUGAGCCUUUUUUCUCUGUUCAAGAACAUGGUGAUGAGUUUCCGAGUCUCCGAUCUUCAGAUGCUCCUGGGUUUUGUUGGCCGGAGUAAGAGUGGACUUAAGCACGAACUUGUCACCCGGGCCCUCCAGCUGGUCCAGUUUGACUGUAGCCCUGAGCUGUUCAAGAAGAUAAAGGAGCUCUACGAGACACGCUACGCCAAGAAGAGUUCAGAGCCUGUCUCCCAACCCCACCGGCCCCUGGAUCCCCUGACCAUGCACUCGACCUAUGAACGGGCCAGCACUGUGCCCAGGACUCCACUCACAGGCCCGAACAUUGACUACCCUGUGCUCUAUGGGAAGUACUUAAAUGGACUCGGACGGUUGCCUGCCAAGACCCUCAAGCCAGAAGUGCGCCUGGUGAAGCUGCCCUUCUUUAACAUGCUAGAUGAAUUGCUGAAGCCCACCGAACUGGUUCCACAGAAUAACGAGAAGCUUCAAGAGAGCCCGUGCAUCUUCGCAUUGACACCCAGACAGGUGGAGCUGAUCAGGAACUCCAGAGAACUGCAGCCUGGGGUCAAGGCCGUGCAGGUCGUCCUAAGAAUCUGUUACUCAGACACCAGCAGCCCUCAGGAGGACCAGUACCCACCCAACAUUGCUGUGAAAGUCAACCACAGCUACUGCUCAGUUCCGGGCUACUACCCCUCAAAUAAGCCCGGAGUGGAGCCCAAAAGGCCCUGCCGCCCCAUCAACCUCACUCACCUCAUGUACCUGUCCUCGGCCACCAACCGCAUCACUGUCACCUGGGGGAACUAUGGCAAGAGUUACUCGGUGGCCUUAUAUUUGGUGCGGCAACUGACCUCCUCAGAGCUGCUGCAGAGGUUGAAAACCAUCGGGGUCAAGCAUCCGGAGCUGUGCAAGGCGCUGGUCAAAGAGAAGCUCCGCCUGGACCCUGACAGUGAGAUUGCCACCACCGGCGUGCGGGUCUCUCUCAUCUGCCCACUGGUGAAGAUGCGGCUGUCCGUGCCCUGCCGGGCAGAGACCUGCGCCCACCUGCAGUGCUUCGAUGCUGUCUUUUACCUCCAGAUGAAUGAGAAGAAGCCUACCUGGAUGUGCCCGGUGUGUGACAAACCAGCCCCCUACGACCAGCUCAUCAUAGAUGGGCUCCUCUCCAAGAUCCUGAGUGAGUGCGAGGAUGCCGAUGAGAUUGAAUACCUGGUAGAUGGCUCAUGGUGCCCGAUCCGUGCCGAGAAGGAGCGCAGCUGCAGCCCCCAGUGCCCCAUCCUCGUGCUCGGCACCUCAGACGCCAAUGGCCUCCUAUCCAGCCCCAACGUCAACGGUGGUGGUGGCAGCAUGCUUGGGGGCUCUGGAGGCGGGGGCAGCACAGUGGGCAGCAUUGAAAAUGGGAAGCCGGGAGCUGAUGUGGUGGACCUCACGCUGGACAGCUCCUCGUCCUCAGAGGAAGAGGAGGAGGAGGAGGAAGAUGAGGAGGAGGAGGAUGAGGACGGCCCCCGGCCCAAGCGCCGCUGCCCCUUCCAGAAGGGCCUGGUGUCAGCCUGCUGACUGCUUGUCAUCACCAACCGGCUGGACACUCAAUUUUCCUGGUGCUCACCACGCAGAGGGGCGCAGGCGGGCCUUGGGGUGCAGAGGGAGGAGUGAUUUUUUUUUUUUUUCCUUUUUAUUGUUGUUCAUAUGGUUUUCCACCCCUUUCCCUGGAUCCUGGCACCUGUACCUCUGGACUCCUAUUGGAGGAUUAAAAAAAAGUAAAAUUACAAAAAAAAAAAAAGAAA